AUGGUUUCAUCGGCCGAAGGUCAAGCCGAUGUGUUGCUGGCAGCUCAAAACGGAAGAUUGGGAGGUGAUCUCAAACUGAACAGGUUAUCCGUUCGUCUUCACCGGUCAGCAAUUCCUAACAUGGAUCCCUCAUCUAUAGAACAACUAACACCAUUAGCGAAAACCUUCAUUGGACCGCAGCUUAGUCAAGCUCUAAAGAAAGGAGUUCCAUUUCCUUUGAAGGACUCAAUCACCUUUGUCGAACCACAACUAAAAACUCGCGACGGUUACAUUGAAUUGGCAACGGACUUUGUUUUGAACGAGAAUGCUUUGAGGAGGAAAAUUAGGGAAACGUUUGCUGAUAUUCACAUAUAA